AUGGAAGAGAUGGGGCCGAAAACCAAGACACUUCUGCUUGUGAAUGCCAUGGUGCUUAUCCUGCUUUUCCACUUUCUUCCUGCGGUUAUGAGGGAGUGGAUGCUCGAGCAGAAGAUAAGAAAGAUGAAAAGAAGCUUCAACCUGAUGCUUCUUGGAGGAGGCGAGAGCCUAGAGAAGCUCAGGAUGCUGAAGACGCUGAUAAACAAUGCGGGGCAUUAUGCCGGUAGAGACAUACCGCUCGAUGGGUCUCUGGAGGAGGUUAGAAAAGCCUAUGACAGCCUUAAGAUAUGUAGCAGGGCAGUCUUCCUAAGGCUUUCGACCGUGUACAACAUUUCGAUUUUUUUUCCUGUGUUUGGACCUGUGGUCAUACAGAGUGUGAAGAUUCUUAGGCACGGAGGGAUCUUCCAGCCCAAAAGAACCAAGCCUAAGCUAUAA